UAUAGUUUUGUUGCUCUGAUCGGAGACAUAUCUGAGAGUCAGCUAAGCCACAACUGGAAAUGUCGCUCAGGUUUUCCCGGGACUCUGGCUGCGUCUCAUACCGAAGACAGACGUCUGCGGACGGCCAGCAGCAGCGACAGCAGCGGCGGCACGUGCCGGAGAAACCCCGCCGACAGAGCAGCUCCGUGUACGGUUUCUCCAGAGAUGCUACAAGUUUAAAGAAACCUUUGUCAGCAUGUGAAGAAAACUUCCCAACAGUGCUGCCUGUGCUGCUGGACGUGGUAAGAGGUCCCAAUCAUCUUCCUGCUGAUGAGGCGUCCCAGGAGAUGCUGAGAGGGAAACUAUGUCUUCUCCAGGCUGACAGCACUGAGGUCAACAGUCUGCUCACGGAGUUGUCCACUCAUCUCGUCUCAAUCAGCAGUGAAGACAAAGCCAUUUAUGUCACCUUUCAAACAUUUGAGGAAAUCUGGAAAUUCACCACAUAUUACAUGAUAGGUUUUGUUGGUCACUGUUUGGAGAACAUCCUGUUUGACCCGGUGGUGUGGCUCAGUUUUCUGGAGGAGGACAUCACCAUUGAGGUCUCCAUUCAGGAAGAAACUCUUCACCUUAUCUACAAUGGUGUCCUCAUGCAAGAAGGUUCAUUGUUUGCAAGUUGUACUUCCAGCCAGAUGUUUGACAGCUCCACCUCUGGAGGAGACCUGUACCUGGAGCAGGGAGACAUUGCCCAGUUUGAACCUCCCUUUCUGGGCUCAGGGUGGACCGUCCUCUGCCUUGCUGAUGGAGCCCGGGGCACCACACCCAGACUUGCUUUGGAACCAGUCAUUCCUUUUCAUCAAUGGUUCCUUAAAUCCUGUCCAGACAGCAUUCUGGUUGGUGAUGGGAAACCUGCCUGUGAUUUCCCUCUGCAGUUUGCCAGAGGAACAUGUCUGGCCAUAGUGGAGUAUGUUGCUGAGGGCCCAGAUGAGCUGAGUCUGGUUCCUGGUGAUCGCAUCAUCAUUGUUGGACUUCUGGUGUCUUGCUUUGAUUGGUUUACUGGCCGGAAGGAGUCAACAGGAGAAAUUGGUCUGGUAAAGACAACCUUGGUAAAACCGUCCGCUGAAACCUUGGACUCAGCAGAUAUCUUUUUGGAUGGAGAGGAGUGGAUGUUCUCCAGCCAGCUAGAGGACGAAAUCAUAGAAGAAGCUAUGGAUAAGUUAAAGAAGAAAUCAGAGAAUGACUUUGGUCAGACUCAGAACUACAAACUGGACAUGAUCGCUUCCCUAAACUGUGAAAAGAAAACAUCUCUUAGUUCUUAUUGCAACACCAAUCAUCAGCAGAUGGAGCUGAAGGAGAAUAUUCGGAGGAUUCUCUCUCAGGCUGAACGUUCAUCACCAAAUUCCUCUGACACCAAAGAGAAGGUGGAGGACUCGAGAAUUGGAAGCUCGCCUUGUUUCAGCGUUCACCAGGUUUCAGAUGGAAACAACAACACAGAGAACUUUCUUCCUCUCUUCUCCUUUCUGGAAAGACAGGAUUAUAGAGAGGAGUUUGGUCUCCUGUAUGGACCGGCGCUCUACUCCAUCUUCACCGGUUACUCUGAUGAGGAUGAGCUGGUCACUUUUCUGGGCGUUGCCAGGGAAACCGCCAGGAAGAGAUGUCUGUUCUGGACACAGACUCGUUUGUGCUUUCUUUUGGGUAAACUGUGUGCUGGGAAGUCAAAGUUCAGCCAGGCCCGGGUUUACUUUGAAGAGGCCCUUGGCGUUCCUCGGGAAGGCUUCACCGACUUCCGGCUAUUGGCUGGAAUCUUCUCCCACCUGGCUGCUGUUUAUAUUUUACAGAAGAACAAAGAAAGUUUCUUUGCUGUAGCAGAGCGACUCGCUGCCCUGCUCAUGGGAAUCCUGGACUGUGUGAAAAGCUUAGGGGAUACUUCUGUUCUGAAAUACAUCCUGAAGAAAGCCGUUCUCUGUCAACAGAAGCAAGUCGAGGCUCGGGCGUGUUACCUGCUCGCCAGACAUCACUGGAACUGUGACGAGGCCGAUCUUGUUGUCCCGUACCUGGAGAGGCUGCUUGCUAUUGGGUGUGAAGCUCAGAAAACUUGGAGCGUUGCUCCAAGUUCUGGAUACCUGACUCUGGGACAACUUUACAGCAAACUGCAGCUUUACCACCUUAGUGUUGGCUCAGCGAAGAGAGCGUCUCUGCAGCCAUCCCUUACUCUGCCCCACUGCCUCGGAAGCAUGAUGCUUGUUUUGGACAGCAUGGACGGACAUGGAAAGGAAACCUCUCUUCUUCCUCAAGUGGCUCCAUAUUUCCAGAAAGUCCUCUCUGUUACUAUGGACCAAGGAGGAGAAAGUGUCCUCCAGCAUGUGUUGAGUCAUCAGCUCACCCUUUCUCUCUGCCAGCUCCUUUACAAACACAGACGGGUUGACCAGGCGAUAAACCACAUGCUGUCUCUCAUCAACAACAGUCCAUCUUCAGACCAGGUCCCGGUCCCACCUUCCGAGAUGAACGGUGCUCUCAUCUGGUUUGCAUGGCUUCAUAUCAACAACAACCAGCCUGACACUGCUUUGGAUAUCCUUGACUCGAUUCUAGCAUCCAUGUCUGGACACUGCAGAUCCCCUCAGGAAGGGAUGGUUCUGAACAUGCGAGGUGUGGCUCUUCGAUGUGUGGGGGACCACCGGGGGGCAGCAGAGAGCUACCAGGCUGCUGCUGAAAUCUGUAAGGAGAAUGAAGACAUGCCAAACUGGGCUGUAGCUCGGGCUAACUUGGGGUUGCUGUGUUUGAAGGCUGGGGCUAAAGGAUUAGCUCUGAGGUAUCUGACUGAGGCUGUGCAGCUCUUCUCCGAGAUCAGUAAUGAAGGUUGUGAUGAGAACUUCAUCACAGUGAUGCUGGAGCUGGGACAACUCUAUGUGAUACAGCAGCAACUGGACUAUGGAAGAGGAUGCUAUGAGUGGGCUCUACUUUUGGCUAUCAGAGCCAACCUGUUAGAAAGUCAGCUUAAAGCAUGCAGACAUCUGUGUCAUCUGUAUGGCCAUGAGAGUCCAGACCAGGCCCAGUGUAUCAUCUACAACCAGCACCAGGUCCAGUUGUUCAGAAGUACUGGAGACAAAAGAAAGGAGGGAGACAUGCUGGAAGUCAUUAGUCAACUUUACCUCAGUCUGAACACAGAUAGGGUUUACCGAACUGCUCUGGACUACACUAAGAGCAGUCUGGCUAUUUUCAUUGACCUGGGCUGCAAGGAGAAAGAAGCAUAUGGCUGGUUGAAGGCAGGCAGGAUCUACCAACUACUCGGCCAAACCGAGCUGGUGGACAUCCAUGUUCAGGCAGCCCAGGAAGUUUCUCUCAGCACUGGAGAUACUAGCUUCAUCCUGAAACUUCUGGAAGAUGCAGGAGACAUUUUUUUUAACAGCUGCCAGGACCGAGACAAGGCCAUUACCUUCUACAGGGAUCGUGCUCUGCCCAUCGCAGUGAAGAGCAGCAGUGCUCGUACCAGGCUGAGGUUGUGUAAUAAACUGACUGAACUCAUGUUCUUUCUCAAGCUGUAUGCAGAAGCUGUAGAGUUUGCUAAGACUGCAGCGGACAUCAGCAUCUCCCUGGGCGAGCGUCUAAAUGAGCGAGUAUCGUACCACCGACUGGCCUCUCUGUACCGCUGUCUGCAGCAGCCUGAACUGGCUGAACACUAUUACCUGAAGGCUCUCAGUCUCUGUCCAACACCUCUGCAGUUUGAUGAGGAAACGCUGUAUUAUGUGAAGGUGUACCAGACACUGGGAGACAUCAUCUUCUGUGAUCUGAAGGACCCGUUUGAUGCUGCUGGGUACUACCACCUGGCUCUGGCUGCAGCCAUGGAUCUGGGUGACAAGAGGUCUCAGCUGCAGCUGUGCACCCGCUUGGCCACUAUUUACCACAAUUUCAUAGUAGACCGGGAGCUCUCCCUCUUCUUUUACCAGAAGGCUCGUGGAUUUGCUGCAGAGCUGAAUGUUAGAAGGAUUAACAUUUCAUCGGAUCAGUAGAGUGGCAGCAUAUCCCAGCACCAGACAUCUGGACCGUAGGACAGACCUCCACCUCCAGCUGGUGAUUUACUACAUGUUAUAUUUUGGACAUUCUUCACCAGCUGUGGUUAGAAUACAAGCUCAGUAUCUUUAAUUACUCUGGUGACUGUCAAGAAGACUGAAGGAAAAUGUUCCUGGACCUGGAUCUGUUGCUUUAA